CUCCAGUUGUGCUGAGACGUGCCCCAGGUUGCCCGUCCCCGGAAGUGGCGCUAAAGGCCCGCCUCUAAGGAAGUGACGGCAGAAGUGCCCUUGACAGGCGGGAGGGCCGGGCUGUGUAUCUCGCGCUGCAGGGAGAUGGCUCAGCGACUUCUCCUGAGGAGGUUCCUGGCCUCCGGCAUCUCCAGGAAACCCCCUCAAGGUCGGUGGGCACCCCUCAUCUCCAGGGCGCUGCAGGCCCCAGAGCACAGUCCUGGUGAGCUGACAGUAACAUCCAGCCACGCCCGGCCAUUACACACCACCAGGGUCUGCACAACAACCUUCAACAUCCAGGAUGGACCUGACUUUCAAGACCGAGUUGUCAACAGCGAGACACCCGUGGUGGUGGAUUUCCAUGCACAGUGGUGUGGCCCCUGCAAGAUCCUGGGGCCAAGGUUAGAGAAGGUGGUGGCCAAGCAGCAUGGAAAGGUGGUGAUGGCCAAGGUGGAUAUUGACGACCACACAGACCUCGCCAUAGAGUAUGAGGUGUCGGCUGUGCCCACCGUGCUGGCCAUCAAGAAUGGGGACGUGGUGGACAAGUUCGUGGGCAUCAAGGAUGAGGAUCAGCUGGAGGCUUUCAUGAAGAAGCUGAUUGCCUGACAAGCAGGGAAGAACCCUGAUACUCUUGUCCACUGGGGCCCCGUGGUCCUGGGAGGACCCUGAUAGAACUCAGUCCUGUGCGGGCCCUUCCCGCCGCCUCCCUUCUGUCUGGCCCCUGAGGGCCCAUGUUUGGAGACCAGGCCUCCACGCACGGAUCCUCCAGGGCUUCCAGCCGGCUGCCUGCCAGGGUGGCCGCCAGGGGAGCGGUGCUGCUGCUGACCUGGGGACAGCGGUCUCCCACUCUCAGUGUCUGCUCCCUCUAGGGCUGUCAGCUCUCCCAAGGUGCUUGGAGAGCCUGGGCCCAGUAACAGCUGGUCCUCAUCUCCCCGGGCCCUUCUGAUCCUAACCCCAGUGCCUGGCUCAUCUGCCUCCUGCAUUUUUCUUUCCUGCUGUUGUUUUGUAAAAAGAAACCCAAACAAGUGAGAGUAAUAUAUAAUUCUCUCAUUUUUUGUAGGUCUGUAAUAAAGAACUUUAUGUGAUCCUUCUACCUCCUGCUGUGAAGAACAGACCCUGGGCCCCACACUAAAUGACUCUGUAGCCACCACCCCCACCACACCACCCCCGGACCACCUCCCUUCUUUCCUCCCAGGCACCAGGGCAGUGAACACAUUGGGCUCAGGGAGUCCCGCAGACUCAGACUCCACCCUCCCUCACCAUUAGCAGGCCCUUUGGUUCUCUGAGCAGGAGGCUCUGCUAUGAACAAAUGAGACCAAUAAAAUGGAGGUUUGCACUGUC